AUGCGUCGCAUGAGUGCGAAGCUGGUCUUCCUCGUGUUCCGCAAGCAGCUAUCCACAUUCCAAGGUGUGCUGCAUGAGAAGCCAGGCGUCUCCCUUCUUGCCAUGAUCUCAUGGGCUGAAAAUCUUCGCGUGGGCUCUUUCCUGCGUGUUCGUGGCAACAUUCAAAGGCCCGAUGCGUCCGUUCUGGGCUGCAGUAUCCACGAUGCCGAGCUGGCCAUCGAUUCUUUGCACCUUCUUGUCAAUCGCGAGGAGCCCCUCCCUUUCAGUAUCUACGAGGCUGAAAUUCACAACAACCAUAUCCCUGACCGCACCCGCCUCAGCAAUUGCUUGCUUGACCUUCGGACGGCCACUUCCCAGUCUAUCUUUCGCCUGAAGUCGGCUGCUUGCAAUUUCUUCCGUAGAGCCCUCGAUGAACAAAGUUUCAUUGAGAUUCAUACUCCCAAGCUUCAGGGUGCUGCCACCGAGUCUGGUGCCAGUGUCUUCCAGGUCAUUGACUUUGGCCGCUCUGCCUUCCUUGCCCAAUCCCCCCAGCUGGGCAAGCAGAUGGCUAUCACUGCCGACUUUAAUCGUGUAUAUGAAAUUUUUGCGGUAUUCCGUGCCGAAAACUCCAAUACCCAUCGCGAUUUGACCGAGUAUACCGGUCUGGACAUUGAAAUGGCCAUCGGGGAGCACUACCAUGAGAUGCUAGAGACUCUGGACGCGACCAUCAAGAACAUCUUGAGCGGCAUAUACAACAAUUACCGCCCGAAAAUUGAGACGGUCAAGCAUCAGUUACCAUCCCAGAACGUCGUGUGGUUGGGGAAGACACCUAUAAUCCGCUUCACUGACGGCAUCCAGAUGCUGAACGACUCAGAUUUGGCCACUCGUGAUGAGAUCCGCCUUGGCCAACUCGUCAAGGAGGAGCAUGGUACCGACUACUACAUCCUUGACAAGUUCCCCCGCGGUGCUCGUCCCUUCUAA